AUGUCGAAUACCACCACCAAUAAUGAAGAGAAACUCGUAUGUGCUAAAAAUGAAAAGGAUAAAGGCAAUGAAUUUUUUAAAGUUGGAAACAUCACAGAAGCCUUGCGGCAUUAUCACCAGGCUUUAUUUUAUUUAAAUGGCCUUCAAAAUCAUAAGUCAUUUGCAAUAUUUAGGAAAGAACAAGAGGAAGAGCCUAAAAACGAUCCUCUGCAAGAAGAGAUCAUGAAGACCACAAGUGUGAUAUACAGUAACAUGGCCGCGUGUCUUAUCAAAAAUGGGAAAUGGUCCAAAGCAAUCGAGUAUUCAGACAAAGCUUUGAAAAAUGACCCAGAAAACACCAAGGCUUUAUACCGUCGCGUCCAGGCAUUAAUUAAAGAUGGAAACACGACCAAGGCGCGAGAAGACUUGAAAAAAUUGAAGGAAAAGAAUCCGGAUGAUGCUGCGGUCAAACGUGAAUGGCAAAAUCUCUUGGAAAAAGAGAAAGAACAAGACAGGAAACAGCGUAAAGAAUUAGGGGGGAUGUUUAAUCGGGCGAGAAAACAGGAGGAAAAAGAGGAAGCAAAGAAACAGCAAAACCAGGAACCCAAAAUUUCAGAAAUCAAAGAAGAACCCAAGAUUUCAGAGAUCAAAGAAGAACCCAAGAUUUCAGAGAUUAAAGAACCGAAAAUUUAUGAGAUCAAAGAGGAUGAACAAAAAAUCACAGAGAUAAGGGAAUCCGAAGAUGAAUGA